AGGUAUCUCCUGUACCUACAAAUAAAGAGGGAUAUUUUCCAUGGACGCCUUUUAUGCUCCUUUGCUGAUGCUGCUUUCCUGGGUGCUUGUAUAGUUCAAGCCGAGAUCGGUGAUUAUGAUCCUGACGAACAUCCUGAUAAUUACAUCUGUGACUUCAAGAUAUUCCCUAAGCAGUCACAAAAGCUGGAAAGGAAAAUUGUUGAGAUUCAUAAAAGUGAACUUAGAGGUCAAAGCCCAGCUGUUGCAGAAUUUAAUUUGCUGUUGAAAGCACAUUCCCUGGAAACGUAUGGCGUUGACCCUCAUCCAUGCAAGGACUCAACGGGGACCACAACAUUCCUAGGAUUCACUGCCGCGGGGCUUGUCGUUUUCCAGGGAAAUAAAAGGAUACAUCUGAUAAGAUGGCCAGACGUCUGCAAAAUGAGAUUUGAUGGGAAGACAUUUUAUGUUGUUGUAUUGCAGAAGGAGGAAGAAACUGUUUUAACCUACCAUACCUCAACACCAGCCGCCUGCAAACAUCUCUGGAAAUGUGGUGUCGAAAAUCAGGCCUUUUACAAGUAUGCAAAAUCCAGCCAAGUAAAGACAAUGACAAGCAGCAAUAUAUUUUUUAAAGGAAGUCGAUAUCGAUACUGUGGAAAAGUUGCAAAAGAAGUUGUUGAAGCCAGCUCAAAAAUUCAGAGGGAUCCUCCUGAAGUCCACAGGUCAUUAAUACCCCACAGUCGCAGCUCUUACUCCUUGAACAAGCAGCUAAUCAUCAAUAUGGAACCAUUGCAGCCUCUCAUUCCAUCUCCAAGUGAGGAGGAUGAAGAGGAAGCAGCAGUGUCCUGCUUUCACAUCACAAUGAUGUCAGUUCCCCCUCCUGUGGCUGGCAUUUCCCCUUCCAGAGAUAGGGAAGUGAUACCAGAUCUUAGGCACGAUGAGGAAGAAAGUUUGAAGGAGGAGCCUUUAACUAUCUCAGAGCAGAUGUAUAACCCAAGUGCUAGCUUGUUGCCUACACCAGUUGAUGAGGGCAUUGAAAUGCUUUUUAACAGCUCCCUCAGACCAGAGAGCAACAGAGACGAUGUUGAUUCAUUUGAGGAGUUUGAUGCAGAUGAACAUGCAUUUUUGAUUGCAGAGGAGGAAGAACUGAAGGAGGCCAGGAAAGCCCUAAGUGUAAGCUACAAUUUCCUAAUGGGAAACAUGCAGCUGAAUGCCUUCCUGAAGAGCUUCUCCCGACUUGUUUUGGUGGCGUUGGGGUUGCUUUUGGUGCUUCUUCCUCUUCUUCUCGUCUUGCUUGAGUCGGACAUUGACAUUUCCUUUCUUCAUGAAAUCCGUCAAACACCAGAAUUUGAGCAGUUCCACAACGAGUACUACUGUCCACUUAGGAAGUGGCUGGCAUGCAAGAUCAGCUCAGCACUUAACGUCGCCAAGAGCUCUUAA